AUGGAAAGCCCUUUGCCCGACAUGAUUCUGCAGGCAGAAGGACCUGCGGCAAUACCCGUCGAACACUCAGAAGCCAUUGCGAUUGAGCCAUCUCCGAAGCUGAGAGGCCGAGCGAAGCUUUUGCAGAGCCUCCAACGAAUAUCCUCUUCCCCAUCUCUAGCACAAUUAGGUCGGCCAAAGGCUUCAAGCAAUCCAUACGGUAGCAGGAACACACUGUCCUGCGUAAGUUUAGCUUCCGCAAGCUCUCCACGAAACUAUGACAACUCGUACUCCUCGCAAUCAUCUAGAGAUGGGUACUCCACCGUUCCCACUUCCGUACCCAAUACACCUGGAGUCGAUACGCCUUCUUUCGAUGGCUCUUUUAGUCGAAUUGCUAUUCGGAGAAAGGAACAAGGUUCUGUGACGCCAGGAAAUUCAACCCCGACAAGCGCCUUGCCCUCAGACAUGAGACCUCACUCUAGGGGAGGACUUAUACCUUUUCAACCACAGUCAUCCAUGCCAGAGAUUCUAGAAGACUAUUUUUCUAUGCCGGUAGUAAAGGUGAAACGAGCACCUCGGACGAAUUUUAAUUUUUGGGAAGAAAUGCCUCAUGAGAUUAAAUUAUCCAUCUUCUCGUAUCUCGAACCUAAAGAAUUGGUACGGGCUUCUGUUGUGAGCAAAACGUUUCACAGGGUUUGCUUUGAUGGGCAACUCUGGACAAGUUUCGAUGCCUCCGAGUUCUAUAAGGACAUUCCAGCGGGAUCAUUGGCCAAAAUCAUUGUUGCGGCUGGCCCGUUUGUGAAGGAUCUAAAUCUGCGAGGUUGCGUCCAAGUCGAACAUUAUAAGCGGGCAGAGAUGGUGGUGAAGGCAUGCAAGAAUCUCAUCAAUGCAACUCUGGAAGGGUGCCGGAACUUCCAAAGGUCGACGCUGCACAGUCUUCUCAAAAGCAAUGAGAGAUUGACGAAUCUAAACCUCACUGGACUCACGGCGGUCACCAACGGAACUUGUAAAAUUAUAGCCCAGUCUUGUCCAUCGUUGGAAAUGUUUAAUAUUUCAUGGUGUACUCAUAUGGAUGCUAAGGGAAUCAGGACAGUCAUUAAAGGGUGCCCAAAAUUGGUGGAUCUUCGCGCAGGUGAAGUCAGGGGAUUCAACAGUUUAGAACUAGCUCAAGAUAUCUUUGAGAGCAACAGGCUACAGAAACUAGUUCUCAGCGGCUGUACCGACCUCACAGAUGAAGCUCUUCAGACCAUGCUGAUAGGCCAAGAUCCAGAGAUGGACAUACUCACUGAACUUCCCAUGGUCCCACUUCGCCGAUUCCGCCACCUCGAUCUCAGUCGCUGCACUAGCCUCACCAGCAGCGGCGUCAAGACUCUCGCAAACAUGGUUCCAGAUCUCGAAGGUCUCCAACUGAGCGGCUGUAUUUCUCUAACUGACAACGCUCUCAUCGACCUCCUAGCCACCACCCCCCGCCUCACACAUCUCGACCUCGAAGAGCUCUCGGAGCUAAGCAACACUCUCCUAUUCGAGCACCUAGCCAAAGCCCCCUGUGCGCCCAUCCUCGAGCACCUAUCCAUCAGUUACUGCGAGAACCUUGGGGACACGGGAAUGAUCCCCGUUAUCCGCGCCUGCAGUAACCUGCGCAACAUCGACAUGGACAACACCAAGAUCUCGGAUCUCGUAUUGACCGAAGCAGCAUCCAUGAUCCGCACGCGCUCCUCCCGCACAACCUGCGCGCGAUCCCGUCCCCGCGUCGGGCUCCGCAUGGUGGUCUUCGACUGCCAGAACGUGACCUGGACAGGCAUCCGCGAAGUGCUGUCUCGCAAUUCCGAGGUCAGGAAGCCGACGGCUACGCAGAAGGAUGUCACAUACCCGACAGAGAUUAUUGGCAUGAAGUGCUUUUAUGGCUGGCAAAUGACAGUUAAUGAGCACAUGACGCGUGUUCUGAAGGGAGAUUUGCCUGCUGCGGGGAGGCUGGAAAGGAAGUGGACGGAGUAUAUGAUGGCGAACGAGGAGGCUGGUGCUGGUGGUGCGGGUCUCAGACGACGCAGGCGAAGAGCCAGGGAGGCGCAGAUGUUGCAUGCUGAUGAGGAGGAAGGGGGUAUAGGGAUGGGUGGUAUUGGGCGCCGAAGAAGGGCGCGGAGCAAUGGUUGUGCGAUUAUGUGA